AAAAAUAUGACAUCACUCAGCACUGCAGCCAAUCAGAGGGCAAUACGCUCAGGCUUGAGGAACACUGCUGGUGUGUGCAUUUGGUUGUUUGUAUAUGAAUGCGUAUGCGUACAAGUUCAUAUUAUCUUUAAUGUUCCCAACAUCUUUUAAUUAAGCUCUGGUAGUAAGUCAGGGCUACGGCGAGUGAGGCACCUUUCAGAGCCGCCUGGGGAAAAGAGAAAUACUUUCCACAGCAGCGUAGAACUCGAAAAUAACAAGUUUGCUACGCACACCCUUUGAAAACAAGCCACAUCUACGCAAUUUAACGAAUUUCGGUGUAUCAUUUGUUUUUCGACACUAGCUAACUUGGAGCUAAGGGUGUGCAGCUGCUUACGGUGUUGUUUUUUUUGUGGUUGGCAGUUUGUAGUCAAGUGAUGGUCCCGUGUGCCUUCUUUUAAAUAUGCAAAGUUGGUUAAUGAAGCCAUAACCGUCACAUAAGAAACAGCAAACCAAUAGUAAGGGAUACGUCUUCAGCUACUCAGAAGAACAUGCUCAAGACGCUGACGAAGAAGCUACGAAGACAUUCACUCAAUGAGAUACAUCCUUUCCAACUGAAGAUUUCUUACCAUGGCAAUGGUGAGGGAGGGGAGAGUGAUGACUCAGAGGGAGAGAACCAGGAGCUUGCACAGAUUGACAGAGAGAGAUGGAGAAAUUGUGCCCUCACCCCGUUGGCCACCAGCCAGCAGCACAACCAGGGUCCCAUCUCUCUGGCCCGGUUACGACACCUCCGCCUUCUUUUAGAUGCCAAUCUGGAUCAUCACUCUUCAGAAGAAGAGCUUGAGCGAAUAAGCUGUAGUGACAACAGGAAGUGGAUGUCUGCACUUCCCCAGCACCACAGUGAUCACCACAGCAGUGCCUCCAGCGAUGAGGAGGUGCGGGACCGCUGUGGCUGCGGGUCACCGGCUGCCUCUGCCAGGCCUCUGGUUGAGCCAGGCGUUUGCCUGACUGCAUCCCCCAGCCCUGUGCACUUCAGCUCCAGCCCACCACGUAGCCUCAAGCCUCCCCCCAUGCGCUUUCAGCUGCAAGUGGUACAGCCAGUGGCACGGCCCAUUAUUUUGACCCACUUUGACCAAUCAGCACCUUAUAGAAAGUACCGGCAUAGCUACAGCGUGGAGCAAUGUAGACCCAGCCUGGACCUGGAGAAAAUGCAAAAGAAAAUGCUGCUGAAAAAGAACUGGGCGGGCAAAACGCGGACUAUGAAGAUUCGGAAUCUGAUGAGCAGUUGUCCCCUGUACAACCCUACAAGCCCUCUGUCUAAAAUUAGCCCCCUGUCCAGGUACACCUACGAUCCCUCCAUUUUCGCCUUCCGCUCCUUGAGCACAGUACCCCCCUGCAGUCCUUUGACCCCGUCAGAUGAUCCUCCGUGCUCAUAAGGAAAUUCAUCCAAUGCCAGAUAAUUCUCCACUUCAUUCCCAGAUGUCUUUUUUGUGGCUUCUGCAGCAAGACCAAGGAAUGACUGCUAUGAAACUGACUGGCAGAGAGACAGUUGUUAGAUGGUGGAACUAUUGCACACUCAGGUAAUCCCACCCUGUAAUGCUGUCACUUGAUGAUUGUUCUCCACAUGUAAAUCAACAGGACAAUUUGGAGAGUACAAUGGCCUAGACACCACAUUUCUAAGGAUGCAUCAGGUAUAGCAUAUGUAUACCAUCUCUGAAAAGAUCCUGUGAUUGGAGGAAGAAUGAUCAAGAAACAAAUCCAAACUGUGGACCAUGAAUGUUACACAGGGACAAGGCCAACCAUUUUGAAACCAGACUUUAGCUCUGGAUUGGAUCAGUUUCAAGAAAUAAUGCAUGUAAGACAAUCAAAUGGUUCCAAGGUUUCUUCCUUUGAUGUGAUUACUGGACAUCUUGUAAGGUUCUUGGUAACUUUCAUAUAUUAAACAUGGUGAGGUGAGUCAUCUGAUAUCUUGUUGACAUGAACAUAGACAGUGGUUACAUUCAUCUGUCUGAAAAACUUCUUUGGAUGUUAUUGAAUAUGCAGCUCUUGACCAGUUAUAACAAACAUGUAUGACUGUAGUUGAAUAGUUGACCUUUGAUGUACGCUUCUUAAUGAAUUUGUCACUUUUUAGUCCAGGUCAACGUUGCGUACUAUCCUCUUUCCUUGCAUGAAUUCCACCGUUUUUUUUAACCUCCAUAUAUGGAGGUUAAAAAGGAAGAAUAUUUUGCUGCACAUUUGGCAAGUAACUGUGCUGUGAUAUGCAUAGCCUACUUGUAGUGUGCCACCUCCUCCCAGUAUUGCACCUCAUUACUUUCUAGAUAGAAGAGGACCACUGGUACAUGUAAGACAUCCCAGUGUUUUCUAAAGAUCUCAAUACCUUGAAAUGAUAUUCCUGUUGUACUGAAUCAAACAUGUCGUUCUCGGCUCCUGAAAUGAGCUGGUUAGUUGAUUAAACAUAUCACCACUGUAACACAGAUUUUGCUGAUGUGACUUUAACAUUGUGACAUGAUUUGUCCACUGUUGCACAAAAAUGAAUCAAUAAAUGCCCUCUUGUUUAGGUUA